AUGUGUGAAAUGGAUUCGCCCUGGCCAGGAGUGCCAAUCUUGAAGCUGCUCUCGAAUCCACACCGAUUGCACCCGAUACGCUUUGACUUUUGCCCACGACUUUCCGUGCCGGGAACAAAACCUGGAAGCUGCAUGUUUGGAGUCAAAAAAGUUGCCUACUCGUUGCGGAUCGAUCGUGUGCAGGAUUAUUGCGCCAACUAUUUUCAUGGAAAUCUCGUCCCAAUCACGAAUGAUGACGAAAAUUUGAGAGUUCUACUGAUGACUCGGAAUUUCAUUUCUUCGGAUUUCUAUUUUCGUGGGGCUCCCCCAAGUGCGUGGAUUGGCGGCUAUUGGGAUGGGCAAAAUGUAAAGUUUCAGGACGGCACUAUUUCCAAUUACACAAACUUCGAUCAACCUUGGUAUGUGAAUUACACCGGAAACAUCGCCAUGUUCAUAGACAACGGGAAAUGGGGCAUCGUCUUAGAUGCCGACUAUUCCGUCUGUCAAACUGAUCGAAAACGUGACCCAUGUCCAAGGGACUCUGUACAAAGUCUUGUCAAUGACGAUUGCUUUUUUGCGAUUCCUUUGACUUUAAACUACUACGGUGGACAGCAGUAUUGCAAGGAUUAUUUCGACGGAAAUCUUGCCUCCAUCACAAAUGCUUUCGACAAUCAAGCUGUUCUUCAAAUGACGACCGAUGUUUUGCGUUCAUUUCAAGCUUUUAACACUGAGGCUUGGAUUGGUGGGCUUUACAAUGGAAAUGAAGUCAUAUGGGAAGAUGGAAAUCCCAGUGUUUACAAUAAUUUAAGAAAAGGCAAUUACACCGAAUACAGCAAUACAUACUUGAUUUUGAUUGAUGGGACGUGGGUGGCCGGCUCGGUCUACAGUUUCGAUAAUUCACCAUUUAUUUGCAGUGUGAAAAGGGCAGCAUCCCAUGUC